AGGCCAUGACAGUUGACAAACAAAAUGCCAAUAAUUUUACAAUAACAGAUUCUGGUAGCAAAAUGUGAACUAUUUUUGAUAAAAGAAGGCUUUUUAAUCCCAUAAAAUCAAUAAAACUGUUCCGAUACUAUUUUAAAAGCAACUUACCCAAACAAAAGAAUUACAUAUCUCACAAAAAAACUAACAAAAACCGUUAAAAACACUGAAUUAUUAAACACUGGAUGACACUUCCAAGGUAACUUCGCGUAUAAUAACAAGAAAUAACUGCCGUUUUAAAAACCAAGCCACGCGUUGGGUUGAUUGAAAGGCGCAUGCACCAAAAAGAAAAUUUUCCAGGAUCGAUAUAUAUUGUGAAAAUUAAUAAAAUGAUUGUAAUUUAUUUUAAGUAAGCAAAAUUUUCAUUGUUGUGUACAUUCUUAGAGAACAAAACCAUUUACUAGACAUAAAAUAUUUUAAAAUUAAAGAUAUUAGAUCGAAUUGUAUUAGGGGAAGAUACUCGAUAUCCAUUGGUCUAUUCAAAAAAUUCCGUUUAUGGGAAUGGGAUGAUGCUAAUUUAAAAAUCUAAAAUUAUUGAAACAUAUUUUACGCAAGCUAAAUUUGUUUGUGUAAUAAAUGUUUAAAGAUACUUUUAUUUGGAAGACGAAAACUUGAUAAACAAAUAUAAUUUUAGUAUUAAUAGUUGUAUUGCUCCGGUGGGGGUAUCUACUCAAUCCUGAUUGGUCCAUUCAAAACUUUCAGUUUAUCAAGAAUGUUUAACUUUUUAGAUUCAAAAUUGGUUCCCAAGGUUGUUUGUAGAACACCAGCAACUGAUAAUUAUGAAGUUGAUAAUCUCAUAAGCAAUAAAUACAUCGAUAAAAUACGCGGUUUUAUAUCCUAUUCAGCUAUUAAACCACCUGUGGAGGUAGAAUUUGAAUUUAUUUGCCCUGUCAAUAUACAUUAUAUUAUUAUAAAUACAACUGUUGGAAAUCAAAAAUGUUCUGGAAUAGAAUUGCUUGCAAAGAAGCAAAACUCAGAUUAUAUUUCAAUAGGAAAAUGCAUUUAUGAAAAUUCCGGUAUAGUAUUUUGUAAUAGUAGAAAAUAUUCUAACACACAAUUACCUCCAAACUGUGAUACCAGCUUUCACUUGGCAUUUUUUAAGUCUCAUACUUUCCAACAUUUUUUAAACGCUCAAAGUAUUAAAAUAAUAAUAUUUCGUACUGAAAAGUCGGUACCUUGUAUUGGAUCUGUAGAAGUGUGGGGUAUUCCUUCAAAAAGUUGUUCAAAGCUUACUGUAAACACUAUCGGUAAACUUGCAACUGGUAGUAAGAAAGAAAUAAGCGGUUCCACUUCGGAAUCUAAUUCUGAGGAAUUUAAAAUUCCUGAAGAUUUUAAAGAUGAUUUGACAUAUGAAUUAAUGACAAUUCCUAUGACAUUACCUAGUGGCAAAACUAUCGAUCAAUCUACAUUAGAAAAACAAAUAGAAAGUGAGAAAUCUUUUGGCAGAAAACCUUGUGAUCCUUUUACCGGUAUUAAAUUUAAUGAAACUCUUAAGCCAGUGAUAAAUGUUGGUUUAAAAAGUAGGAUAGAUAUGUUUGUGUUACAAAAUUCACAUAGAUCUGAAUUGUUCAAUCAUAAAAGAAUUCUAGGAGGUACAAGUAACAAUGAUUUUAUUAAUACGAAAAAAAGGACCUACUGUAGCGACGACAGCGACUUGGAAAAAGCAUUAUCUGAGGCAAAAAGGAAUGCAAAUUUCAAAACUUUUACAUAUGAUGAAAAAGAAACUAAUACAUGUAUAAUGUGUAAAAGUUUAUUUAGUUUUUUGUACAAAAUUCCAUGUGAUCAUUUUUAUUGUAGGCAAUGUUUACUUACUGUUUCUCGAAAUUUAGAAUGUGUAAUUUGUAAAAAGGCUUUUUCUACAAAAGAUGUAAAAAAAUGUUACUUUUAAAUAAAUUUUUCCACAAUA